AAAAAAAAAAAAAAAAAGAGCUCACACAAAACAGAGUUGUGCCAUUAGUGAGUGAGAACCAGCCAUGAGGGACCAUUUAUAUCUUUUCUUCUUUAUGAUUCAAUUUAGUACUGGCUGUAUUCUUUCAAAUGAGAGGCAGGUAAUACUCGUAACAGGAUACACAGGUGGAUCAGUGGUGCUGCCCUGCUCCUGCGCUCAUCCUCAGUCUACAGUCAACACAUUCACAUGGCAGUUUUUUGGCGUUGGACGACGAUGGAUUCCAGUAUUUGAGGAUGAGGAGUUCAGCGGCAGACGUGUGCUGUUUAAUGAAAGUUCUCCACAAAAUCUGUCUCUUCUCAUUUCUGACCUCAGAAAGGAAGAUCAAGGGUUCUAUAAGUGUGUGACAGAACAAUAUACAUACAUUCAUUUAAUAGUGAAGGUUACUCUCAGGACAGAGAAACCACACAUCCAUACAUCCAUCAGUUUAUCAACACUUCAACCUUCACACCAAACACAAGAACUUGAACCACCUCAACAACCACACGACACAUCUCAAUAUCUCUUCAUUCUAGUGGUAGUGUUUCCCUUAACACUGAUUCUGCCAUUUCUGGCAUUAUCUUCAAGAUAUGGAAAGGAUGAAGUGGCAUGUUCUGCUAUAGUCUAUGUUGAAACGGCAUUUCCACCUGAUCACACACAGAAUGAUGCAGUGGAGCUCACUGAGUGUCAAUACCAAUGCUGAACAGAUUAGAUUUUUUUUCUUCCAUAUUUUAAAAACAGAAUUCACAUUCACAUUGUUUAUUCUAGUAAUCGAGCUUAUGUCCUUUGCAUGUUACAGUACAUGGGCAAAUGGGGAGAUGAUCUUCUAAUUAACAGAAACAUUAUCAUUAUCAAUAUUGAAAUAAUUCGUUCAAGGGUCAAAGACGAAUAGGGGGUUUCAAGCAUCAAAAAAAUAAGUGUAAUACAGCUUUAAAUUAAUUUUUUUACCCUUA